AUGUCCGCCCCGUUCAGCAUCCAAUGCUUCACCUGUGCCAAAUGCAAGCGCCUUUUCAACGCCAGCGCCGAGCAGAACGCGAUGGUAAUCAACAACUCGACCGGCGCCGUCGUCUGCCAGGGAUGCGCCGAGCCCGGAAACACGAGCUCCCUGGCCCCGUAUCUGCAGCUGAUUCAAGAGGCCACCAUGGCGAUUCCGAAGCACGUGCCGGUGAAGCCGCGCGACCUUGAAGCCCAGGCCAGCCAAACGACCCGCCAAAACCAACAAGCGGCAUUCACGGAAAAGCUCGAAUUCAUCGACUCGAGCAAGUCGCCGGCCAUCCCCAUCUACCGCGUCACCGACGGGCUCGGCAAGUUUAUCGACCCGGCCCAGGAUCCGGGCUUUGGAAAGGAGAAAUCGAUCCGCAUCUACGAGGCGAUGACGCAGCUGAACAUUAUGGAUCGAAUUCUCUACGACGCGCAACGCCAGGGCCGCAUCGCCUUCUACAUGACCAAUUCCGGCGAGGAGGGAAAUCACGUGGGCUCGGCGGCUGCCCUCGAAGCGCAGGAUCUCAUCUACGGACAGUAUCGCGAGGUGGGAGUCCUGAUGUGGCGCGGGUUUCCCCUCGAGCAAUUCAUGCACCAAUGCUACGGCAAUUCCAAGGAUCUCGGCAAAGGCAAGCAGAUGCCGAUCCACUACGGCUCCCAGGAGCACAACUUCGUCAUGAUCUCCAGCCCGUUGAGCACCCAGAUGCCGCAGGCGGUCGGCAGCGCCUACGCGUUUAAACGACAGCCGAACAACUCGCGCGUGGUGUGCGUCUACUUUGGGGAUGGUGGCGCUUCGGAGGGCGACGCGCACGCGGCCUUCAACUUUGCCGCAACCCUGGACUGCCCGAUCAUUUUCUUCUGCCGCAACAACGGAUACGCCAUCUCGACGCCCACCACCGAACAGUAUGGAGGCGAUGGAAUUGCCGGGCAGGGACCCGGCUACGGUCUUCACACCAUACGCGUUGACGGAAACGACCUAUUCGCCGUCUACAAUGCCACCCGACACGCCCGAAAACUGGCCCUCUCGAAUAAACCGGUACUCAUCGAAGCGAUGACCUAUCGAUUGGGACAUCAUUCAACAUCUGAUGAUUCGACUACAUACAGAUCGGUGGACGAGGUGCAGAAAUGGGGCUCUGGCGACCACCCGAUUGAACGAUUCAAGGCCUAUUUGAUGGCGAAGGGAUGGUGGACCGAGCAGAGGGAAAGGGAAUGGGCACUACAGGUUCGCGAGCGUGUGCUGACGGCGUUCGCCGCAUCCGAGAAAAUCCAGCGUGCCCCCUACCACGAAAUGUUCGAGGGAGUCUACGAUAAGUUGCCGGCCCCUCUUCGUCGCCAGCGCCAGGAGCUCGACGACCAUCUCGCCGAAUUCGGGACGCACUACCCGCUGGAUCGCCAUCUCAAGAAGAAU